AUGUACAACGUUUGCCGCACGAGCGACAGUUGUGUAGUUACUGACACAAAAACGAAGACGAAUACCACGCUAACGACUGGCAAGACGACGAAGACGAAUACCACACUAACGACUGGCAAGACGACGAAGUCGAAGAUCCGAAAAUUAACGAUUGGCAACAUGAAGAAUAUCCGGUGGUGCGCCGACGAACUAGACCAAGAGGAGGCGUUGUGUGUCGCCGGUGUCGGCUUAUGCGUGCUGGAUACAGACGAACCUGAGAAGAGGUGUUAUCAGAGGGGGAGCUGGCCCGAAGUUGCAAAUAUUCGUAAAUACGUCUCCAAGUUCAUAUCUCCAGGCAACAAGGUAGACGCUUGCCGGGUGAGAGGUGGAUGCCCAAUCCUGCCUUGUGUCCGUGAAACUAACUUGAAACAUACCCACUGUGUUAAAGGUGUGCCUUAUUGUCUGACGAGUAAAAGCGACCCUGAGAAGAGGUGCUUUCUGAUGGGGACUCAGCUCAAAUUUAGAGACAUCUCCUGGUUCCGCGGUCAAUCAAAGAGCCCGUUCAAAGUCUGCCGGGCGAGCGGUAAAUGCAGGACCAAAAGGCCGAUGGUGUGUGAUGUCCCUUGGCCGAGGGUGCUGUCAAGAGCGGAAGUCCCGGUGGAGGACUGUGUCGGAACAGGCUCGACAUACAGCAGUGAGCCUGUUGAUUUCCCUGAGAGUUGUGCCCUUCCCGGAGGGGGUGCAUUCGUUUGCCACUACUGGGACGCAAUUGCAAACAAAAACCAGCGCAUGUGUUUCAGGUACGGUGGUGACAUCGGCGAAUCCUUUACAGAUGUGCAAAAUGCGCUGCAAACGCUCCGUCCAGAGUUGCUAUACUGCAAUCUGAAUCAUGCCUGCUAG